AUGCAACGGACAUGGUGUAGUGGGUUAACGUGGGAUGCGCCACUACCUGAUGAUAUCCACGCGGAAUGGGCCGCUUUCGUCGCUGACUUAGCAUCGUUACUUACUAUCCGAGUACCGCGGUACGUAAAUACGCAACAAGGAUCACCAUGCUUAUUAUUAGGGUUCUGCGACGCGUCGCAGCUCGGGUACGCGGCCGUAGCGUACGUGCGUGUCAUUGAUGCUCCGCCCGAUAAAUGUAUUUUUCUUCUUGGAGCAAAGACCAAAUUAGCACCAGUGAAAACGUUAACUGUGCCGCGUUUAGAGCUGAAUGCAGCCGUGCUGCUGGCCCGUUGGUUAGGUCGGUUACGUCAUAUUCUCGCGCCACAAUUAAAUAUAAUCAAUACUCACGCUUGGUCCGAUUCGACCAUAGUGUUAUCGUGGGUAACGGUUCCCCACGAUUCAUUCAAAACUUAUGUUUCCAACCGGGUACACCAAAUUCACAAUCUACUACCUGAUUGUCAAUGGCAUCAGAUUGAGUCCGCUAAUAACCCCGCCGAUUGCGCGUCGCGGGGCCUUAUGCCGUCGGAACUAGUACAUUUUUCACUUUAUUGGCAUGGACCGCCCGUUAUUUAUUCUGAUACGUCAAGUUGGGAACCCAGUCCUACGCCGACAAAUAUAUGUGAGUUACCCGAAGCUCGACCAGUUGUUUGCGCCGGCCGGGCCGAUGAUGUGCCCGUCGAGUGGUUCGCAUCUUUUUCGUCAUUUGAUCGAUUAAUCCGAGUGACAGCGCGCGUUCUCCGUUUUAUUAGUCACUUUCGCGUAUUUCGUAAACGUAAUUCAUGUUUGUUUCCGCCCGAUAAUCUAUCCGAGUCGGACGACGGUCGUGUUCUACACUUAUCCGUGUACCUAUCAAAAUUGGAACUUGACAACGCGACUCGUAUUAUCAUUUUAGAAUCGCAACGUGUUCAUUUUGCCGUACUGCGCCGUGAACUGUCCCAUGCCGCGCGCGUGUCACUAAAGUCAUUGGCCAAACUGUCACCAUUUAUUGAUACCGACACAGUAAUACGCGUAGGUGGUCGCCUUAAGCACUCCUUGUUAAAUUACAACUGUAAACACCCGGUGCUGUUAGCCAAAAAUUCACACCUCGCUAGGUUAAUAGGUGAGCGAUGGCAUCGAUUAACAUGCCAUUCGGGACCACGCGUAAUGGCGGCUCUUAUAUUACGACAAUAUUGGAUAGUGUCGAUCAAGUCGGUGCUGCAUAAAGUAUUAUCUCGUUGUAAUGUGUGUGUGCGAUUAAACGCCAGACCAGUCCAACCGUUUAUGGCAGACUUGCCCGCCUCGCGCGUGCAACAGUGUAGACCAUUCGCUCGUGUCGGCGUUGAUUUCGCCGGACCGUUACAAAUGCGCGAGCUUGGACUCCGAAAGUCCCGCACUGUUAAAAUUUAUGUAUCGGUCUUCGUCUGCUUUACAGUAAAAGCUGUUCACUUAGAAGUGGUAUCCGACCUGUCUACAAACGCGUUUCUGGCCGCGUUCGACCGUUUUGUUGCUCGACGGGGAUUACCCACCGAUGUGUUUACUGACUGUGGAACGAAUUUUAUCGGGGCCAAUAAACAAUUACAUGCGCUCGUUAAUAGUACGGACGGUCAAGUAGCCAUCGCUAAUGCACGCACUGCUUGCGAGUGGCACUUUAAUCCGCCAAGCGCCCCGCACUUUGGGGGCUUGUGGGAGGCAGCGGUACGUUCAACAAAAAGGUUGUUGACCCGUGUCAUCGGCGUUCACUCAUUUACGUACGAAGAGUUUACCACAGUGCUGACUCGUAUAGAGGCUGUGUUGAACUCUCGGCCAUUAACUCCCGCGUCUACCGACCCUCAAGACCUAGAGUGUUUAACCCCGGGUCAUUUUCUGAUCGGUCAGCCAUUACUAGCUGUACCGCCGCGGUCGACUCCCGAUGCGAAACGUAAUGUCGGGAUAGGUGGAAAUUGCUCGACCAAUGUCACCAGGCCUUUUGGCGACGAUGGUCGACUGAAUAUUUGA